AUGAAGACCGAGGUGUGUUCCCAGGCUGUGCCGGGUAAGAGGGACCGCCCGGUGGACGGUACUCAGGCGGAUGGGGAGCGGGACAGCUCGGGGCCGGAGUUCCCUGAGCAUUUCAUUCCGGACCGGGACGGAGACAGGGACCUGGUGACCGUCACUUUCUCCCUGCGGAACACCAAGAAUUCCAACCUCUCCCGCGCACUCAAAAUCUUCGAGGCAUUUGAAGCUCAAAUCCAUCAUGUGGAAAGCAGGCCCAGCCGAAAGGGCAAGGGUGGGAUGGAUGACCUGGAUUUCUUCAUCAGGUGUGAGAUCAACAACUCCGCUGUGAAUUCACUGCUAAACUCUUUAAGAAGAGUGGCUGAAGAUGUUUGUGCCAAUAAGGAAGAGAAAGUCCCUUGGUUUCCCAGAAAGAUACAGGACCUUGACAGAUGUCACCACCUCAUUACCAAAUUUGAACCAGAUCUGGAUCAAGCUCAUCCUGGUUACCAGGAUCUGGAAUACAGGGAACGCAGGUCAAAUGUUGCCAGGCUCGCAUUUCAUUAUAAACAGGGGGAGUCAUUACCAAGGGUGGAUUACACAGCCGAAGAGAGAGCCACCUGGAAGGAGGUCUACACAAAGUUGUCUACAUUGUACCCAAGCCAUGCCUGCAAGCAAUUUCUGGAUGCCUUUCAUAUUCUGGAGAAACACUGUGGUUACCAGGCUGACAACAUCCCUCAGCUCCAGGAUGUCUCCAAUUUCUUGAAAGAGAGGACAGGUUUCUGCUUGCGCCCAACUGCAGGUCUCCUGUCGCCCAGGGAUUUUUUAGCCAGCUUGGCAUUCCGAGUUUUUCAAUGCACUCAGUAUAUCCGUCACUCCUCAUCACCAAUGCAUUCCCCUGAACCAGAUUGCUGUCAUGAGCUGUUGGGACACAUUCCUAUGUUGGCAGACAAACAGUUUGCACAAUUUUCACAGGAACUUGGCCUUGCUUCAUUAGGAGCUUCAGAUGAGGAUAUUGAGAAACUAUCAACACUUUACUGGUUUACGAUAGAAUUCGGGUUGUGCAGACAGAAUGGAGUUUUGAAAGCUUAUGGAGCUGGUCUACUUUCCUCGUACGGAGAACUUAUGUAUUCCUUAUCGGGAGAACCACAAUACAAAGCUUUCGAUCCUGAGGUCACGGCAAUGCAAACCUAUCAAGACCAGACCUUCCAACCAGUUUACUUUGUGUCUGAGAGUUUUGAAGAUGCGAAAUCCAAACUCUGGAUGUAUGCGUGUAAAAUCAGGAGGCCUUUUUCACUCCGUUAUGACCCACUGACCUGCAGUGUCGAAUUGUUGGACAAACCACACAAGAUCAAGAAAGCUCUUACCCAGAUCGCCGAUGAGCUGAAAAAUCUCUGCUUUGCUCUGGAUAAACUUUCUUAG